GAGGGGCGGCGGGGGUGGCCCGGGCUCGCGGGGGCGCGCGGAGCCGGCGGAGGGCAUCGCGGCGCCCCGUUGGCGCGCACGCGCCUGAGCGCGAGCCCGGUGGGGCGGGCCGGGACUCGCCGCUCGCACGCCCUUGGGCCGCGGCCGGACGACCGCUCUCCCUUCCGCUCCGUCAGUCGGCGGAGCCGUCGUAUGUGCGGCAACAUCAUGUCUGCUCCGCUGCCUGCCGUCGUGCCUGCCGCCCGGAAAGCCACUGCUGCGGUGAUUUUCCUUCAUGGUCUGGGGGAUACCGGGCAUGGAUGGGCAGAAGCCUUUGCAGGUAUCAGAAGUUCACAUAUCAAAUACAUCUGCCCACAUGCGCCAGUUAGGCCUGUUACAUUAAAUAUGAACAUGGCUAUGCCUACUUGGUUUGAUAUUAUUGGGCUUUCACCAGAUUCACAGGAGGAUGAACCUGGAAUUAAACAUGCAGCAGAAUGUAUAAAGGCUUUGAUAGAUCAAGAGGUGAAGAAUGGCAUUCCUUCUAACAGAAUUAUUUUGGGAGGAUUUUCUCAGGGAGGAGCUUUGUCUUUAUAUACCGCUCUUACCACCCAGCAGAAACUGGCAGGUGUCACCGCACUCAGCUGCUGGCUUCCACUUCGGGCUUCGUUUCAGGGUCCUAUCAGUGGCGCUAACAGAGAUAUUUCUAUUCUCCAGUGCCAUGGAGAUAGCGACCCUUUAGUUCCCGUGACGUUUGGUUCUCUUACUGCUGAAAAACUAAAAACAUUGGUAAAUCCAGCUAAUGUAACCUUUAAAACCUAUGAAGGCAUGAUGCACAAUUCAUCUCAUCAGGAAAUGAUGGAUGUCAAGCAAUUCAUUGAUAAACUCCUACCUCCAAUUGAUUGAUGUCACUAAGAGGCCUUGGUAGAAGUACACCAGCAUCAUUGUAAUAGAGUAUAAACCUUUUCCCGUGCCCACUCUCCAAACUUCUGAUGUUUGCAGUGUUAAACUGUUUUGCAAAUACACACCAGUGACACAGAGUAAAUAAUGUCUCCUCAUGGGAAAUUUAUGAUCUUUUACAUUUCUAUACAUAUAUUCUUAUGAUCCAGAAUAUUACUAGUAUUAAGGUGAAGCAGCUAGCUUCUUUUUUCUCAAAUGUAAUUCAGCAAAAUAAAAAAUACUGCAACCAGAUUUUUUAUUACAUCAUUUGAAAACUACUAGUAUGCUUAAUGAAAAUUUGUUCAGAUAUAAACGAGCAAUUAAGAUAUAAAUGAUUUAUGCAUGCUGUGACUUAGUCUGUGGAUUAAUUCCAAAAUUGCUUAGUCACCAUGCAGUGUCUGCAUUUUUGUAUGCGUAUUCCUAUAUACAUAAUGAUUGUAAUACACAGUAAGAAUGAGGUGGUAUUACAUUAUCCCUAAUAACAGGGAUAAUGUUUUUUAAUGUCAAUAAAGAGUAAUAUGGCUGUCCUCAAUCAGUGGCCCUUUUAUUUUGGGACCAGGCUUUUCUUUUCCCUGAUACCAUUUCUAUUUAAUAUUCUUUUCUCCUCUCAAGAAAAAAAAAAUGUUCUUUCUUUCUUUAUUGUACUUCAUUGCAGACCAAAUAUUGCCUCCCAGCCAUAGACAUCUGCUGUCUAUACAUGCUAUAAUCUCACAUUCUGAAUCACAGACAUAAGGUAUUAAAAUCUAUACUUUAUAAAGAAACCAGACAUUACUUAAAACUUUCUGCACUACUUAUUUCAAAUAGCUACACCUUAGUCCAAGUUUAAACCUAUUUAGUUAACAGACAAUUCAAACCCAGUAACAGGAAUAAUUCUGUGGUUUUAUUUUUUCUGUAAGCAACUGAAAGAAUAAUUAUAUUCUGGUAUGUUCUGCAGUAUUUAAGACUGAUCUUAAAAACUAAUUUUUAAGAUGAUUUGGUCUCCUUGUAGCACCGAGUUUAGGUUUACUUAUUUUGUACAUAUGUUUGAAACCAACUGCUGUAGAAAAUGAGCAAUCAUGCAUUGUAGAUGUUUAGUGAAAAUAAAAAAUAAUAAUGUAAAAAUGAAAAUGAGCAAUCCAUUAAAAAAGUUGCUUUAUUUUUAUCUGCCAAUGGACUUAUUUGAAAUUUUCACUUUAGUCAGUGAUAUUUCUUUUAAAAUUAGUUUUUUGUGUGAAUAUAAAAAUAGCAACAUUUGAUUUUAAAUAGUCAGAAUUUCUAGGUUACUGGUAAAAAUUAUUUGAAAACAAAUUUGUGAGUAAUAAAGGUUAGUCAGAACCUUAUAUGUAUGAUGUAAUUACCAUGCAGUUUAAUAUGUAGCAAAAAUAUAUGCUCCAUAUUUCUGAACUGUUAACUUUUCUGCUGUAUUCUAAUUGACCAAAACAAUGUUAAGAAUGCAUCUUUAUAAAUGGGUGCUACCUGAUAAUGGAAAUAAUUUAGUAAUGGACUAUAUAGGAUGUUAAUGAUGAAGCCAUAUGUUUAUGUCUGGAUUUAAAAAUUUUAAACAAUCAUUUACUAAGUCAUUUUGCUUUACCUUGAAGAACAUAAACUGUUACUUCAGUUACACAAAUCAGCAAGAUCUUAUUUAUGGCAAGAAAUAUUCCGUUGAAAUGUUAUGCUGUAAUGUGGGAAAAUGUAAUGUUUUUCACGGUUUCUAUCAAUGUGAAAUAAAACUUAAUUCCGACUUUUCUGUGA